AUUGCUCUCAAUCUUUCUGGUAGACUUGAAACAGAGCAAGCCUCCCUUGACUUGCUCUCCGUGCGUUACACAAAACGAAACAAUGUCACUGUCAGGUAUCGUUUGCUCCCGCGCGAAAUGGUUUUUGCUAUCCAUUGCUCUUCCUACAUUAGGUUUGGGUCUGAACAAGACUGCCUUUUCCUACAAUAAGAAAGACGAGUAUUCUCCCGACAACUGGUAUAGGCUAGACAUUGCAGGAAACGUCUGCCGAGGGCCACGCAAUAGUCCUAUAGCUUUGGAGUCCACGCCCUGCGAUGCGUACGAAGGCUAUGGACUCUAUUCUGGAACGUGCACCCUCAAUGACCUUGACUUCCAGUUGACCGAACUCGGUGUGAAGAUCAAAUACCCCAAGGAUGGAUCUUGCGACAUCAACACGCUUACAGUUCCAGGUGUAUCGGGUAACUUUCGUCUAUUGGAGGUUACCAUUCACGGAGGUUCCGAGCACAGCAUUGACGGCAAUUUCUCGGGAGCCGAAAUUCAGCUCGUCCACGAGAAGAUAAAUAGCCAAGAGGGACAUCUGGCUGUCUUGGCCAUUUUGGUAGAGCCUGAAGGUCCCAAAGACAACUUAUUCUUUGGAACGCUGUUGGACGAAUGGCGGGCAGUCCGCGCCGACUCCACCGCUUCUUGUGCAAAGGCCGGCUACGACGUACCCACGUUGUAUUGGUUGGCUUCCGGGACUCCAGUCAACACCCGUCACAGCUACGUCCGCUCGUACUUCACCUCACCACGUUUCAACGCUUAUUCACUACUUCCUACCAAUACUUCAUUCUACCGGUACUAUGGAGGCCUCACGACACCUCCCUGUUCAGAGAUUGUGUGGUGGAGUGUGGCGGACACAGUGAUGCGCAUUUCUACCGGCCAAUACGCCGAGCUGAUGACAAUGAUCACGACGGGAUACGUCAAUGUGACGGACGAAGCAGGGUGUGAACCGUGGAGUGUGGCGUCGCCCAGUGGCUCGACCAGCCGGCCGCUUCAAGCCCGAAAUGGUCGUCCCGUUGACCGCAUUUGUCCCGUCUAAGGAAGUGUCUUUGCGAACGCAAAAAGAGGAGUUUUUGGUGAGGGAAUAAAGAGUGGUGAUGGAGUGGGGAGAAUGCAAAAUAAAAAAGAAAAUGAGGGAACGACAUGUUUUUGCUUAUUGUCUGGCUAAUACAAUGAGUUACAAAGGGACUGUUUACGGCCAAGGU